UUGUAAUUGUCCCAUAAAGUUUUGAUAUCGGUUCCAAAAAUGGAGUGUUUGCUUUCUAAUUGUUUUAAAGUUGUAAUCGUUGUCGGUCCCGCUGUUUUUUCCCGUCCACACUGGUUAAAGGUCGGUUGGGCCUUUAAUCGAUGUGGACAAAAUACCUUUUUUUAAGAACCUAUUAAGUAUAUGUUAAUAAACCUGGAGGAUGAUGAUGGAAGGGUCCAGACACCCUUCUCUUAUGAAGGCAUCCUUUAGGAUUUUUGAAUAAUUUUCACAAUUGUAAGCUGCCCGUAGGACCUGAUGUAGUUGUGGUCAUUAGAUGUAAGGAAGAAGAAGAAAACCAUGGUUAUGUGUAGUUAUAUUUUUAUUUAAGGAUUUGAAAGGGCGAAACUUUGUUUUGUAACAAAUGAUCACCAGUUAAGAAAGACAUUUUAGAAACUUUGACGAUGUUACCGAAAAUAAACUCACUUUUUAGCGAAUUUAAAUCAUUUUUCCAAUUGGGUCCCAAAGAAUAUUUAAGACGCAACAUUAAAUUGCCUCUAGUAAAGUUUAUUCAUGACACAGUUAGUUUAUACAAAACCCGAACAGAAACAGGUCUAAAUAAUGUUCGGGACGUCUUGUUUAGGGGUACAGUAAUUGCUCUUAUCACCGCACUCUUAGUUUGGCUUUCAAUAAUUAUGUAUGUUGCAUUUUAUUAUGUAUAUGUUCCAAAACUCACCCAUGAAAAAUCAGUGUAUUUGAAGUUUAGGCCCUGUAGUACCACCCAAGACUUGAAUACUGCAAAGGGGAUCUGCACCUUUCCUUCUUCAUAUGUGCAACUAACUGAAAAGCAACAGCUACUCAUGAUGGGUCAGCAAUAUAAAAUUUAUUUGGAUUUGGAAAUGCCUGAGUCACCAGUCAAUAGAGAAUUAGGAAUGUUUAUGGUGUGCAUUGAUUUUCGGGGAAAGAACAGAAAGAUAUUAGCAAACUCAUGCAGAUCAGCAAUGUUGCAUUACAAAAGCAAUCUAUUGGACACUAUAUAUAAAUUGAUAUUCUUGCCAUUUUUUAUUUUUGGAUCUGCUGAAGAAACUCAAACAGUUCAUGUGGAAUUAUUCUCUGAUUAUGUAGAAUCUGAGUAUGGACCUGUUACUGACCUGUAUGUUGAAGUUCAGUCUAAACACAUUGAGAUAUACUCAGCUAAAUUUUCGAUUAAUGCAGAAUUUUCCGGACUGAGAUAUGUGAUGUUUAAUUGGCCAAUAUUCUCAGCCACUUUGGGGAUAACUGCAAAUUUGUUCUUUAUUGCACUAACAUGUCUCGUAAGUUGGUAUCAAAUAAUCCAUUCAGAUGAAUAUGCUAAUUACAUUGAGUCUAGAACUACAUUAGUCAUUAGCAAAAAUGACCUUGGCGAAUUUGAGACAGAAUCAUAUUCCGAUGAAGGAGAUGAUUCCUCAUCCUCUGAACUUCGUUUCCAAAAGACUGAUGUUAUUGAAGAGUUGAAAAGUGCUGUAGAAAAUUGAGUGUCAGUAUUCAAACAACACAAUUU